CAGUCGCGCACGUGCAUGCGCGCUCCUGCUAAAGCCCUGUAGUCGCGUUGUCCCGCAGCGCACGAGCAAACGGUCGUUGUUUCCAGCACGGGACCGAUCCUGCACCCGGUUACAGCAAUAUGGCGACAGAGUUCCAUAAUCUUCAGGAGUUGAGGCACAGCGCAUCGCUGGUGACGAAGGUGUUUGUGCAGAGAGACUACAGCGAAGGGACCGUCUGCCGCUUUCACAACAAGUUCCCCUCAGACCUGCACAACAGGAUUGAGCGAACCUUGCUUGAGGAAACAGUGAAGACGCUCAACUCGUACUAUUUGGAGGCCGAAAGAAUUGGAGGUCAGUCGUACCUGGAAGGAUGUCUGGCCUGUGCGACAGCGUACAUCGUCUUCCUUUGCAUGGAGACACGCUACGAGAAGGUGCUGAAGAAGAUUUCAGGUUACAUCCAGGAACAGAAUGAGAAGAUCUACGCUCCGAGAGGUCUGCUGCUCACAGACCCCAUCGAGAGGGGAAUGAGGGUCCUAGAGAUCAGUGUGUUUGAAGACCGGGGCUCGGGCAGCUCCAGUCCCAGCAGCAGCACCACGUCGGCGGGCAGCAGCGCCCGGUGACUGGAGGGUCAGCGCCAGGCUUACGGGUACCAGCGCGGGGGCAGCGAGGCGCUUACCAACGUGCGCAUGCUGAAACACGAGAGCACCAGGUUCUGAGACAAGCGGCGUCCAGGUGAUCCGCAGCAUUCGUGUGUUCCCCCCGCCC